AUGACGCUCAAGAGUAUUGCUGAGCAAGAAGGGGGUCCGACAGUAUCGACAGCACAGUUCAACUCCGGUGGUUCCGGGCUCACCGUGAGUUCGCAUGUGUCGAGUCAACUUGGAAAACUGAGCACACGCAUAUGGGCAAAGCUUGCAAUGAUACGGUUUCUUGCCUGUGUGACUCCUUCGAUGUACCGUAAGGUUGCUGCAGUUCCGGAAUACUUUACCACAGAAUUCACAUUUGUCUCGUCUGUUGGUCGUAGCGGAAGAGCGUCGGUUGUUGGUGUUUUGAUGCGUGUUCGGUCUGCGUAUCUGCCAUGA